AUGUCUCUGUUAUUUGACGACAUGUAUAACAGGAUUGCACCAGACUCUUCCUUUCAAGUAGCUGGAACAUCGUACAUGAACGAGUAUUAUCGUGUCGACGGGAUCUAUCCGGAUCAUACGUGUUUUGUGAAGUCAUUGUUAUGUCCAAAUGAUCGCAAAAGGUUGAAGUUUAAGAGAGCUCAAGAGAAGGCGAGAAAGGAUGUUGAACGAGCAUUUGGGGCUUUGAAAAAACGUUGGUAUAUUCUUAAAUAUCCCGCGCCUUAUUUGGAGGAGAAGAAAAUUAGUAUGGUGAUGUAUACUUGUAUCAUAUUGCAUAAUAUGAUUCUUGAAAACGAAAGAAAUAUAUUAUGUGAGUAUAACGAAAACGAGAUCGUUCCACCGACACAAGUUUUUGAGAUUGGAAGCGUGGAGUACCUAGCGAGGAGGGAAAUAAUUCAUGAUGUAGAGACACAUCAUGUACUACGUAGGGAUUUGAUGGAACAUAUUUGGAACGUCGGCCACAUCGAUCUUAAUUUGGAACCGAUCGACGAUUUGGAAGGUCAAUUUUCCGAUGAAGAUCCCAUUUAG